AUGGUCUUCCGAGUUCCCAUUACCGUGGCUUGCCUUGCCUGGGCCGGCUUCAGUACAGCGAUUGACACCAUCACUCGGGAUGUCGUCAUAAUUGGUGGUGGCUCGAGCGGAACCUAUGCUGCCAUCAAGCUGAAGGACGCCAACGUGAGCGUCGCCGUCGUCGACAAGAGCAACCGGCUGGGCGGCCACACUGUCACCUGGGAUGACCCAGUCAGUGGUGCAGCCGUCGACUACGGUGUCAUCGUGCUGGGUAACUCGCCUACGACCCAAGACUACCUGGCACGACUCGGUCUUACCACCGUCACUGGCAAUGUCAGCUUCACAAAUGUCAGCUUCUUCGACUUUAAGUCGGGUGAACACAACCCCUACUACGUCGAGCAUAAUCCCUCGGACGCACUCGAGCGCUACUUCGACCAGCUGGAGAAUUAUCCCUUCCUGAACCUAACAUAUGAUCUCACCGCGGAUAUCCCCGCCGACCUACUCAUUCCCUUCGGCGACUUCAUGAAGAUGUACGAGCUUGGUGAUGCGAGUCGCGCGAUCUACCAGUGGUCUCAGGGAUUCGGCCAGAUUCUCGAGGUCCCCGCCCUGUACAUUCUCAAGUUAUUCAGUGCUCGUGUGGUCAACGGCCUCAGGGGUGCCGGGUUCCUCAUCCCCUCCAACAGAAACAUGAGCUCCAUCUACGCCAAGGCCACUGACAUCCUUGGCGACGAUGUGCUCUUCCGCACUACGGUCGUGACUGCCCAGCGCAGUGAAGUCGACUCUGAAGGAUAUAUCAGUCUGAACGUCCAGCAUGGGGGGACGUCCGUCAUCCGGGCCAACCGCAUCAUUGUCUCGAUCCCUCCUCUCACCGAUGUCGGCUACCUCGGAACUUUUGACCUGGACUCGGCCGAAACUGACGUGUUCAAAAGGUUCAAGUACUUCGAGUGCUGGGCCGGAGUGGUGCGGGAGCCUGCCAUCCCCGCGGGCCUGAACAUCGACAACGUGUCUCCUGGAAACAUGACCAUCCCAUACUUUUUCGCCGACCUUCCCGCCGACUACUUAUUCCGAGCCUCGCCGGCGCCAGCUUGCUACGUGACUGCGUACGGCUUGCCCGAGGGGCAGAGCAAGACUGAAGAUGAGGUUCGGGGCGAGAUCGAGGCGACCAUGCAGCGGCUCCGGGACGCGGGCGCCUACAACACCACGACGACGGAUCCGUAUGAGAUUGUGGCGCUUGCCAACCACAGCCCCUAUGGGUUGCACAUGGAAGUCGACGAUGUCAAGCCUGGUUACUAUCAGAAGAUGUACAACUUGCAGGGACACCUGAACACGUACUGGACGGGAGCGGCUUGGGUCAGUCAUGAUUCAGCUGCUUUGUGGGAAUACACUGCUGAAGUGGUUGCGAACGUUACCAAGAGCUUGCAGAAGGCUUGA